AUGGAGAAUCCGCAAGCUGGCGAGACGCGAGUACGAAGAGGAAACGCGCAUCAGAAGCUGGACUCUGUUGCGAAGCAGGUCGUUGUAGAACCGGUCCACGAAAGCAACUAUCACGUCCUUAGUGUACUCGAGGAAAAUCUGUCGAAUAGCGUCGUACUCGGCCUUCGUGAGAACGUCUUCAAUUGCGUCCAACAUGGCUUUGGUGAUUCCGUCAAGACUGCCCUGUGUGAAUUCGGGAUCGCUCAUUUUCUGCCAAUAGUUGGCGUCAACGUUGAGUUCGGUUGUCUGGAACUCAUUGAAGAUCGGAUGUUUGUUGAUGUAGAACUGUUUCAAGUUUUCACCGUCGUUGAACAGAAAUAG